GAAGUUGCUUUUCGAAUUGUGAUUUUUCUUGAAAGAUUGGUGUGUGUUGAAGAAUUGGUAUUUGUAUAUUGUGAUCAGUUGUUGAAGAUUGUUGAUUGGUGUGAAAAGAAUUAAGUAAUCAAGAUGUCGGAUAAAUCAAUACGAAUUGAGAAUUUGCUUGGCAUGUUAACUGUGAAAUUGCAAGAUGACAAUUUUGUUAAGUGGAACUAUCAGUUUCAGUCAGUUUUACGAGGUUAUGAUUUCUUGGAGUUCUUUACUAGUGAAGCUCUGUGUCCACCAAAGUUUGUAAUUGAUACUGAGAGUGGAGUGACUAAAGAAAUAAUAGAAGCUUAUAAAUCUUGGGUUCAGAAGGAUAUGGCAAUGUUAAGUCUGUUGAUUGCUACGUUGUCAGAUGAUGCUAUGGAAUAUGUAAUAAGGUGUAAAACAUCACAUGAGGCUUGGAAAAAUUUACAGGAAAGAUAUGCUUCUGUGUCAAGGGCCAGUAUAAAUCAACUUAAAAUUGAUUUCCAUACAAUUCAAAAGGGAAGUGACUCUAUUGAUAAGUAUUUCCUCAAACUGAAGUCUAUUCAUGAUCAACUUUUGUCUGCAGGGGAGAGAAUUACUGAUAAUGAUUUGGUCAUAACUGCUUUGUCCGGAUUACCACCUGAGUUUGAUAUGGUGAAGACUGUUGUUUUGGCAAGAGAGACCUCUAUUCCUCCGAAAGAUUUUCAAGCACAGCUGAUUGGUGCUGAAUCUGUGAUAGAAGCAAGGAUCAAUAUUUUGGCAAGUGGCUGCGAUGUAUGUUCAGGGAGAACAAUCCAAAGGUGGCAACCAAAAUUCGAGGUAUUCACAAGGUGAAAGUUCAAAUGCAGGAUCCAGAUCUGUUGAUAAUCAGGGGUAUCAAGGGAAUAACAGGUUUCAGAAUAGAAAUGGGUACAAUACUUCUCAGUUCUACAAUAGAAAUGGUUAUGGCUCAUUCAGUAACUCAAGGCCUUACUACAAUGGGAAUAGACAGAGAGGGAGUAACAACUAUAAUGGCUAUUCUAAUACUGGAAAUAGAAAUUCUUGGAAUGGUAAUACAAACUUCAAAGCUGGGACUGUGGUUGAAUGCCAGAUUUGUUCUCGCAAGGGUCAUACGGCUCCAAACUGUCCAAAUAGGAGUGAUAAUGGAUCAUCAUAUAAUGGCUAUCAGGUGACCCUUUGUCAAAUCUGUGGGAAAAAGGGUCACAGUACUUUGGAAUGUAGACAUCGAAAUAACUAUUCCUAUUAAGGUGCACCUCCACCUUCUUCACUCACUGCCUAUUCAGCUCAAGCAUCUACACAGGUCUCUGCAGCUGAAUUUGGACAACAAGCUCAAGGAAUUCCUGCUGCUGAUACUUGGAUUCUAGACACUGGUGCCUCUCAUCACAUGACACUAAACCUUGGCAAUCUAAAUCAACCAAUGACAUAUAAUGGGGAUGAGAAGAUCACUAUCGGUAAUGGUGAAGGAUAAGGUAACAGGAAUGAUAUUGUACCAAGGCAGGAGUAGAGGAGAGCUAUAUGAGAUUCCACUGAAUGUGUUUUCAAGGAGAUUUGUUGCUGGUUCAAAUAAGGCGGUUGCACUAAUUGGAAAAGCUUGUGAAUGUCUCAAUUUGGCACAAGAGACUCAGGCACCCAUCUGAGGAAGUACUUUCUGCUAUGAUAAGGAAUUUUAGACAUUCUAUUAAUGAGGAUUCUCUACCUUCAGUAUGUUCUUCUUGUAUGUCUGGAAAAAUGUGUAGACAACCAUUCUAUAUAAAAGAAAGUAGAGCUAGUUCUAUCUUUGAUAAAGUACAUUCUGAUAUAUGGGGGCUAGCUCCAACUAAGUCUCUAGAAGGUUUUUGGUACUAUGUAAGCUUCAUCGAUGAGUUUUCAAGGUUUCUGUGGAUUUUUCCAGUUAUAAAUAAAUCAGACAUAUUCCAAGUA